AUGGCCGGCGUUCUCAAGACUGACCCCGCCAUCGAGCGCUUCAAUCUCCUUCGCGAGAACGUCCACACUCGCUUCCGCUGGACAAGGCACUCAAUCAAGACUGCUAUUGUCGGUGUCGUCGCGGUCCCAGUCGCCAUCUGGCUCUCUGCGAGCUACGGCCUCGACAAGAUCGAGACGCGGGUACCUCGCAAGGGCACGCCACUCGUAAAGUCUGCGUAG